UCCGGAAGUAAAAGUUUCAAUUGAGUGGCAUGAGCUAAUUACAGUCCCCUGUUUUUGUGAUUUUCUGCUAACGAUCCAGCUCAGCACUUGCGCCCCGGUACCUUUUCUCUCCGAUGGCGACUUGGAUAAACAAACGAAUGCAUCUGUAUAGCCACAGUGCGAAACAACAAAGUAGAUACGAAAAAAUAGCACCGAAGAAAAGAAAAAAACCCCCAUCAACAAGUAGACAGGAUAAACCUAGACUAGUAACCACCCCAGCCAGGUACUCCAUUCCCCAGACAAGCCUCCAUUCCUCAGAACGAAAGAAAGUCAAAAAACGCCCACAGUCGAGUUCCCCAGUCAUCACUCGGACCGACUCCCCUCCAGAAGCUCCGUCUUUGUCGAAUCUCACGGAUCCCCGAACUCAAUCCAUCGCUCCAAACGGCCCUGUCCCGAAGGACAAACAGCACCGUAGCGACGUCUGGUUCGACGGUUCCCGAGAUGAGAAAGACAAACAGCCCAGAAAGAAACAAGUAGUCGAAUCAAUGGCGAAGACAAGAACAAACGACCGGCAGGGGAGGAGUGUAGAUAAGAAUGAUAGACAACAAGAGGAACAGAAACGACGAGUACAGAAGAAAUAAGAAUUUGCAAGAAAACAAAACAGAAAAGUCACAACGUCCGUUCAAUCCCAGUACACACUGACUUAUCAUCAGACCAGAGGGUUGUUCGACAGACCUGUCAAUCCCGAGGGAGACGAGCCGAAUGACAGUCCCAUGCUGGUCGAGAGGAAACGUGAUGCACAGAAAUCAGACGGGAUGAGACACGGACGAAAGAGUACAGAAGAAAAAAAUAACAUGCA